AUGGCGAGUCAAGGUAUCUUUCCAGAUGUUAUCACCUUCAAUAUCCUGGUUGAUGCACUUUGUAAGGAUGGGAGGGUCGGGCAAGCCGAAAGUGUGGUUCAGAUUAUGAUUCAAAGAGGAAUUGAACCUAACACGAUUACAUACAAUUCGCUUAUGGAUGGUCACUGUUUGCAAGGAGAAAUGGACAAGGCGAAACAAGUUUUUGAUCUAAUGGUGAGCAAGGGCUUCAUGGUUGAUGUGCAGAGUUGUAACAUACUGAUAAACGGGUACUGUAAGCAGAAAAAGAUCAGUAAGGCUUACAAAAUUUUAAAGGAAAUGCCUCUCAGGGGACUUGUUCCUAAUACCGUUACUUAUAACACUCUUAUUGAUGGUUUUUUUAUACUUGAUGCCCUAUGUAGCAACCAACAACUUUCCAAGGCAAUAGAAUUGCUUAGAGAGAUGAAAGACAAGAAAUUGGAACUAAAUAUUGUAGUUUACACUAUUAUCAUUGAAGGUUUGUGCAAAGCUGGGAAACUGGAUUUUGCAGUAGAGGUCUUCUCUUAUUUGUCAUCGAACAGAGUACAGCCUAAUGUGAGGUCAUACACUGUAAUGAUUCAUGCAUUUUGUAAAGGGGGAUUAUUAAGUGAAGCAGAAAAGUUGCUGAGAGAAAUGGGAGAGAAGGGCUGCCCUCCUGAUGGUUGUACCUAUGACAUCAUUAUCCGAGGAUUGUUAAAUAACAAUAAUGCAUCAAGGGCUAUGAGGCUUAUUCAAGAAAUGGUGGAGUCACGUUUCUCUGCAGAUGCAUCAACUAUGGAAUUGAUAUUUGGUUUGUUGUGUAAGGAUGUUGUAGAUCCGGCUUUGUUGCCAUUGUUAAAACGUCCAUGA